AUGCAAUUUCUACGUCAACCGUAUUGGCAGAUUCCAUCUGGUCCAAGCUAUGUCGCUGGGUAUUUCCCCGAGCCUCUUUACAAUCCAAGGAAAAAUGCCUAUCAUGUAUCCGUGCAAUUGUCUCCUCUCCCGAUUACAGUCCUUCCUUUGUCGCUCAAACUGUCAGCGCCUGUGUUGCCACUUCCAGCAGCAGAGUUCUCCAAACUCUUGCAACAACUCAAUAUCGAGGGUCACACGGCGCCGUAUUGGGCGAUCGUGAAUGACCGCCGAGAAGCCCUGUGGGCGUUUAUGGACUUCAUUCCCGAUCCAUCGCUUGCUUUCUAUUCUGAUUUGUAUCUUGCGUGCAUGAUGGUUGGCGACAACACAUUGUUCACGCAGCUGGAAUUGAACGAAAUGUUUAAGUCUCAGUAUAAGUCCUUAAGACAGUUUUUGGGUUGUCCUCCAGACGAGGUUCAGAUACAAGAGCUGAGCAGUGGUCGCUUCGUUGCUUCUUUCUGUGUCAGGAUGUUCCAGAAACGCCUUCGUACUGCAGAUGCAAUUCCCAUAGAAUAUCUUGCCAGGGGUAUGUGGUCGAUAUCACUUCUCUUUCAAGUACUGAUAGGAACGUCCUAUUCACUGCAUGCAGGCCGUAUAUGGACGUUGUGGGUUUAUUUGGGCAGUGGUCGAAAGUGGGUUGCUACUUGUCAACUUGAAGAGCCCAGCUUGCCAGUAGAAGGAAGCAAUCAACUUCGGAUAGAAGCCCACAGAAAGUCGCCUGACUGUGCAACCCCGAAACCUCUAAUCAUUACCUCAGAAUUUUCAAUGAUAUCGGCACCUAGGUAG